AUGAAGGAGACUGCGCCGAUUCCUGUGCCGGCUAAAGACCCUGCGACCGGAGAUGACAAGACAACUGAGUCCACUAAGUCAAAUAAUAUCGUGGAAGAUGCGCCUGCCGAAGAGGAGCUUUCGGAAGAGGAUCGCAAGCUCAAAGAUGACCUUGACACUGCCGUAGCUCGAGUAUGCGAUCCGCAAGAAGAUGUGGGCGUCAAGCAUCUUGCGCUUGAGCUUCUACGUCGUGAGAUCCGUUCAGCCACGUCAUCUAUGACAUCAGUGCCAAAGCCCCUUAAAUUCUUACGACCUUCUUACGAUACGCUUAAAGUCGCUUACGAUACGUUUCAAGCCGGUAAAACAAAGCAGCUCAUGGCUGAUAUUUUGGCUGUGCUGGCCAUGACUAUGGCCAAAGAAGGUUCACGGGAGAGUCUCAAGUUUAAAUUACUAGGAAAUAGCACGGACCUUGGUUCAUGGGGCCACGAAUUCGUACGCUCGUUAGCUGGUGAAGUAGGUGAGGAGUACAAUGCUCGUCUAACAGCUGAAGAUGCAGUCGAUCCGGAUGUCAACGACUUGAUGGAGAUCGUUGACGCCAUCGUGCCGUUCCACAUGCAACACAAUGCCGAGCCUGAAGCGAUCGACAUUCUUAUCGAAACUCAGCAAUUGAGUAAGCUGCUGGAUACAUCGCAUAUUGAUGAAAAAAAUUAUCAGCGCGUGUGUCUUUACUUGUUGGCAUGUGCUGACUUUAUGUCAGAUGCGGAUGAUCUGGUGAACUUACUUAAUACUGCUUACUCGCUUUUCUUACGUUUGGAGCAGUACCCAGAUGCGCUCCGUGUAGCACUCCGUGUCAAUAACGAUGACUUUGUGGCAGAAGUGUUCCAAAAGUGCAAGGAUGAUGUGGUACGAAAUCAAAUGGGGUAUAUUUUAGGUCGUCAACGGUGUUUUUAUGAAGAUGAGAGCGAAGUGUCAGCAAAUGAGAUUAUUGGCAAUUCCGACUUGAGCGACAAGUUUCUGUCACUUGCACGAGAUUUAGAUGUGAUGGAAGCUAAGACUCCAGAAGAUAUCUACAAAUCGCACUUAUCCGAAACAGCCAGCAUAGGUCGUGGGAGGGACUCAGGGGCAGUCCCCACGGACUCUGCACGUGCGAACUUGGCAUCAACAUUUGUCAAUGCUCUGGUGAACGCUGGGUAUGGAGUAGACAAGCUGAUGACGCCCGAAGGAAAUACAUGGUUAUACAAGAAUAAGAAACAUGGAAUGAUGAGUGCAGCAGCGUCGUUGGGUAUGAUUAUGCUAUGGAAUGUUGAAGAGGGGAUUACACAGAUUGAUAAGUAUCUGUACUCUGGAGACGAGUAUGUCAAAGCUGGUGCUAUCCUUGGUGUGGGCGUAGUAAGUGCUGGGAUUCGCAAUGAUUGUGACCCAGCACUUGCAUUGCUGUCUGAACACAUUGACUCGGGUAAUUGCUCGAUUCGCUGCGCCUCAUGCUUGGGGCUGGGUAUUGCGUACGCAGGAUCAGCGCGAGAAGACGUGUCAGAGUUACUCAUUCCUGUGGUAUCACACGCUGAUGAAAAUGCUGAUAUUCAGGAAGUAUCGUAUGCUGCGCUAGCACUUGGAAUGGUGGAGGUGGGCACUUGUGACGAAGAGGCUGGAAGUGUGCUUAUGCAGCGAUUGAUGGAAAGCUCAGAUGCCGAGUUAGACUCUUCCUGCGCACGCUUUUUAGCUUUAGGCCUCGGUUUGUUGUAUCUUGGUCGUCAGGAGCGUGUUGAGGCGAUGCUGGAAGCAGCAAAGACAAUUGAGCACAAGAUGUCGAAGUAUUUGGCUAUUACAUUGGAGACUUGCGCUUACGCUGGCUCAGGUAACGUCUUGAAGGUUCAGCAGCUGUUGCGCACAUGUGCCGAACACAUUGAGGAUCCGAUAGAGGCACAGCACCAAAGUGUUGCGGUGCUAGGUAUUGCGCUGAUUACAAUGGGAGAAUCAAUUGGCAGUGAAAUGGCUAUGCGGUCGUUUGAUCACUUAUUACAGUAUGGUGAGGUGGCUGUGCGACGUGCUGUGCCGCUAGCUUUUGCUCUACUCAGCGUGUCAAACCCAGAGUAUGCAUUGAUCGAUACAUUGUCACGUUUGACACACGACGUGGAUUCGGGUGUCGGUCAGAACGCGAUUCUUGCCCUAGGCCUCAUUGCUGCUGGCACGAACAACUCACGCGUGGCUGGAUUACUCCGUCAAUUAUCUGAGUUCUAUAGUCGCGAAGCGAACCACCUCUUUGUCGUUCGAAUCGCUCAGGGAUUACUGCACAUGGGCAAGGGGCUCAUGACUCUGCACCCCUUCCACUCCGACCGACUGAUUAUGUCUCGUGUUGCCGUAAGCGGUUUGCUGACGAUCUUGCACGCUGCGUUAGAUAUGGAACAUACGAUUUUGGAUACUUCUCACUACAUCCUAUACUGCAUUGCUACAGCAAUGCAGCCCCGAAUGCUCAUUACACUUGAUGAGGAGCUAAACCCACUUCCCGUGUCCGUCCGGGUCGGCCAAGCGGUCGAGAUUGUGGGACAAGCCGGUCGUCCGAAGUCAAUUACAGGAUUUCAGACGCACACGACACCUGUGUUACUGAAUGUCAGAGACCGCGCAGAGCUCGCGACAGAAGAAUAUCUCCCGCUUACAAAUGUGCUAGAAGGCGUUGUUAUCCUCCGGAAGAACCCGAAUUACGAGCGUGAAGCUUAA